AUGGAUCUAAGAGGGUACUUCAACAGGAUCGGGUUUACUGGUCCAUAUGACAAACCUGACCUGGACACUUUACGCACCAUCCAUAAGCUGCAUGUUAUGACCAUUCCAUUUGAGAACCUCAGCAUCCACUGCAGGGAGAAAAACACGACAGACCUGAACAUCAUCUAUGAUAAAUUAGUCAAGAGCAAUCGGGGAGGCUGGUGUUGUGAAAACAACCUCUUCUUCUCAUGGGUCCUAAAGGAGAUGGGUUACAAAUACACCACACUAGGCUCCAAGGUGUUUAAUAAGUUCCAAAAUGAUUUCUACCCCGUGGACUCUCAUCUCAUCAAUAUGGUGGAGAUUGAUGGGAAGCCUUACAUUACUGAUGUGAGCUAUGGAGUGUCGUGCCAACUCUGGUAUCCCUUAGAGAUGAUCUCGGGUAAAGAUCAGCCGCAGCCUCCAGGUGUGUUCUGCCUACUAAACAAUGGAAUGACGUGGGUUCUGGAGAAGACUUCAAGAAAGCAAGUGGUCAAAGAUAAGGCUAAUGCUAAUUCUAGCCUCAUCGACAGGCGCCUGGUGAAGACAAUGUAUUGCUUCCCAUUAACACCCCGUAAUAAAGAGCAUUUUGUGGAGACCCUGGAUUGCUUGCAGACCAGUCCUGAUUCUCGGUUUGUGCUGAAGUCCAUUUGCUCCCUUCAGACCCCAAAUGGCUUCAGAGCUCUGAUUGGCUGGACUUACAGCGAGAUCACAUACAACCCAGAGGAGGACUCUGACAUGGUGGACAUGAAGGAAAUCCCUGAUUCUGAAAUAGAGGCUGUGCUGAAGGAAAAGUUUAAUGUGGUGUUAGUAAAUAAGCUCACACCGAAAAACAAAAAAGCUAAUUAUUGCAUGUAA